CGGCAUCUCCUCAGGCCGUCACGGAUCAGCUCCUGCGUCUCUCACCACUUCCCAGAGGAUGGGAGGCCGGCGGUCUCCGUUAGAACCCGGCUUACCGUGCCAGGCAAAGUUAAACGGUGACCUCGGGGUAUCCGAAGACGAUGAUGAUCUCGAGGGUUUCAGGCGGGAGGUAGAACUUCUGCGUGAGAAGCUGUGGGAGGUUCUCAGUCAUACCUCUGGUAACAAAAGGCAGUCCAGUUCUUUGAUCGACCUCACCUCGGACAGUACCUGGGAUCAGCAAAAACCUCACUUGUUUCCUAAACCCCGCUUGAGGCCAAAAAGUGCUUCAUCUCCCUGGAUUCCUUCCAUCACCAUCCCUCAGCCCUUCGAAAUGACACUGCGGGAAGCUCGCAAGAAGUCCCAGUUGAUGAAGUCAUACAUACUUCUUGAACUAGAUAAACAGAGAGACAAAAGGCAAAGCCAGGAUGAAGCUGAAUGUCAGAAACAAUUCCGGGCACAGCCUGUACCUGCCCAUGUGUUUCUACCCCUUUAUCAGGAAAUAAUGGAGCAAAAUGAGAUUCGCAGACAAAUAGCAACACAGAAAAGAAAGGAGCUGCUACUUUCAACUCAAAGGCCCUUCAGUUUCCUUGAGAAAGAGGAGAAGAAGAAAGAAGCUAUGAGGCAAAAGUUCCUGUCAGCAGCAACCCCAAAUAAGAGCUCCAAACAGAAGCAAGCCAGUAAAAAAGUUCCUAAAUCUACUUACUACCCACUUCUUGGAGAUAAACUCAAAGAAGCUGAACUCUACAGAGAAAUCCGCAUUCGCAUGAGAGCCAAGGAUUUGCUUGAGAACUCCGUAGCUCCCAUAGAUACCAGCAACUGUCAGAGUGAGCCUCAAUCCCGAACUGCCACUAAAACUAAGCAGGAAAGACUUGGCUUCUUGCAGGACAAAAGUUUCAGCUUCAAACCAAGGAUUAAUCCAACAAUACCAGAUUUCGAAGGACUUUACUGGGCAUUUCAAAGGGAAGCAGUAAGGAAACAAGAAAUCAAAGCAACUCGUAAUAAGCCAUUCAAGCUGAGAACCUCCAGCCUCUGUGGCAGGCAGAGGCAGGCUAAUGAAAAGAUAAAGGAUUCCCAGCAACUUUCCAAGGUCUCAGUGCAAAGAAGUCAUUCUCUGACUGGACUCUCCUCUCUCUCUCCCAACACCCUUCCAGUGCAUAUUACUGAUGCCACUAGAAAAAGGCAAUGUGCAAUUAGAUGCUCCCUAGAUAACAAAAAAGAAGGGGCCAAAGAAGGAAUUUAUUGGCUAGAGAAACAGAAAAAGAAAUGUCAAGCUAUCCAAAGGUCAGUGAACAGUCGAGCAAAAGCCUUGGAUCCACAUAAAAGCCUGGAGGAGACACACAAGGAGAAGCUGACACAGAACCGGCAAAAUAUGAAAGAGAGAGAAAAGGAAUACAAAAAGGAGCUGGAAGAAAUGCAGCUGCGAGUCAAAAACAGACCAUACCUCUUUGAACAGGUCACCAAGCAUGAUGCUCGUCAAGGAGCAGAGCGUCGCUACAGACAAACUCUACAGCAGGUUGGGCUAAGUGAAGAAUUUGUAAGGAGAAAAGGGAAGGAUGCCAGUGACUUGCUGGAAGAAGAAUCUGACAUUCACAGAGUGCCCAAGCCUCAGGGUGAAAUGGACAACUGUACUGUACAGAAAGGAGAACCUCAAGAGGAACAGAGCAGAAAGGAAACCACAACAUGAGAUCUAGCAGAAGGAUCCAUCAAUCUUAUCUUGAUUUUUUUGAGAUUCUCCAGGUUAAUCCUCAGGAACUUUUCGGCCUAGGCUGAAAUCUAAGAAUUGCUCUGGGGUAAGUGAAGUUAGUAAAGGAAAAAAAGACCACUUGUUAUUUGGAGAAUGUCUUGUCCCACCCAGCAAACCCUGCAAUCUCCCUUUGUCUUCACAAAUGUUCUUUGUGUGAGCCAUUUCCCAUUCUUUAACAGGCAAGAAAACAAGUUAAAAGGUUGAAGCAUUAUCUUUGGGUAAAAGUAGACAUGAAAGAUUGAAGAGGUGCAUCCUCUAGUUUCAACUCCUUGUGGUCAAGCCCCAGAAGCACACAGAAAAGGGAGAAGGCCUUCAAGUGCACUAAACCUCAGUUUACACAUAAAUGUGGCAGAAUGCUUUUAAAGAAGCUUUUGUUUGUUUGCUUGUUUAUUUUGUUUUUUAAAAAAUAGCUGUAUUUUAGAUACUUUGGGAAAGGAUCCAGAGAAUUCCUUGUCUGGUGUUAGCUGUUCAUUUGCUCAUUACUAGCUCUGCUUGUUCCUCCUGUUAGGAAGAAGUAAUAGUCUUUCUAUAUUAAACUAUCUCCUAGAUUUCAUAACUACGAACUGUUUUAACAUUUUACCAAAGAUGGACUUUGGUGGAAGAAAGAUUUAAGUAUUACCUGUUAGCAUGUUGCACUGAAAUGCCUGGGGUAUCUUGAAUGGUAGGGUUCAUACAUCAGUGGUCUUCCUUCACUUUACAGUAAAAAUACAAACACCACCUGGAAUGAAUUAUGCUAUUGAAGCACUUUGAGAUUAAAAUUUUUUAAAUG